AUCACAAGCACACAUGCUGCCUGUGUGUACCUGACACGAAACACAGCUUUGUAUCUCACACUCUCAGCCCAUGAUUUCUAAGAAAUUGCAUUUGGUUUAGUUUUAAAUGUUCAUUUAGGAUUCCUGAAGGGCCUCACUAAUUCCUUUAGGCUGUAUUGUUUCUGUCUACUGGGAUACAUUUAUCUGCCUUAUCCUGCUCAUAGAGACAUAAAGCUGUGUGUGCACUUAGCAGCAGACUCCAAAGCUCAGGUCUGAGUUGUGACAAUUGUGGAUUAGAUUGUGGACAGUAGUGACUUAGUUGUGCUGUCCUGUGGAUGGUGGUGAUGAGAAGAACCCUUGUAUUGUAUGAGCUUCUGCUCAAGCUUCUAAUUCUUUCUUAACUUGAUGUUUAAAUUUUAUUUCAAGAAGAAACUUUAACCUACUGUAGUGAAAAUUUAUGGAUUGUUAAAGAUGAUGAAUUUUAAAGGAGGAUUUGCAUGGUGAUUUUUCUGGUUUUUUUCUCCUGGGUAAGCUUUUAAACAGUCCAGAAAAUAUUUCUGUAUUUGAAUAUACUGAACUUAGUAAGAACAAUACAAUCUAAUGUUUUCACACCUGUUGGCUGUUUAUUAAAUACUAUUGUGGAGAGGGAGUGGGUGCUAAUUUACACUUUCAUUACCUUUUUUUCAUUCACUUUACAUUAUUUGAGUCCUGUGUGUUGAAUAAUACACACAACUGCACGAAAAUAUUAAAUGAGUAAUUGUCAGACAUUUAUGCUGACAAUUUUCCGUGGGAAUCUUGUGUUUCUGUCUUCUCCAAAUGCUUCAGUUCCUUCUGAUUGCAUAUUGCAUUUGCAGACUCCAGAUGAAAACUCUGUUCUCCAUUAGUAAUUCCCAAAACUCACACAGAUUUAGCUGUCAAUCACGGCAAAAGCAACUUCUCAAAAGCAGAAAGCUGUUCAAGUCUGCACUGUCCUGUUUGAGUGAAAGGGGAGUUACUCAAAUAACAGCAUGGAUUUGUGUAGGAAGCGAACUAGGAAUUUUUAAUUAAUUUUAAAUUAAUUUUAUUUUUUUAAGUUAAUUUUUAAUUUAAUCUACUGACUGAAUUAGCCCACGCCCCCGGUAGCCCCCAGCAGGCCCCGCCUCGCCAAGAUGUCGUCGGCGGAGCCCGAGCGGUUCUUCUGCACGGCGGGCCGCGGGAUGGAGCCCUUCCUGGCGCGGGAGGUGCGGGCGCGGCUCGGCGCCACCGAGGUGGACUGCGUCUCGGGAAAAGUGUUCUUCAGGGCGGCGGCGGGGCCCGGAGAGCUGCGGCAGCUGCGGUCGGGGGAGCGCCUGUUCCUGCUGCUGAAGAAGCACAGCCCGCUGCCGGUGUCCGGAAACAGAGGGAAAAUGCUUCAUGAGAUUAAAAGCCUUGUCAUUGAGGACCCAAAAUACUGGCUGGAUAUUAUCUCUGUUUGGAGAAAGCUUCAUGGACACGAGGGGAAAACAGAAGAUGGCUCUCAAGAAAACACGUUGGCUCUGAAGAGAAAGUCAGAAGAAGAGACAAAUACUGCAAGUAAAAGGCAGAAAACAGAACAAGUGAGGGCAGUUGUCUCUGAGGAGUGUCAGGUGGGAGCUGGAGAGACCUGUGAGGCACCAGACAGAAUGAGCAAACAGGAGUGCUGGACUGAGAGCAGGACUUCCUCAGAAUUGCCUUCCAGAGGCAGUGGAGAAGGUCCUGCUGCCAAUGAUGAGUUUGGCCUCAGCUUCAGAGUGUCAUGUCGCUGCAGUGGAGCCAUUGCCAGAAUACUGACUUCACAGGAGGUCGGAAGAGCCAUUGGCAUGGCACUGGUGAAGCAAUGCGGGUGGCAUGCUGAUCUGCGGGACCCUGACCUGGAGAUCUUUGUACAUCUUAAUGACAUUCACUCUGUCGUGGGCAUUCCUCUUUUCAGGCUUCCAUUAGCAAACAGAGAGUAUAUCAGAACAGCAGGACUGCGGUCAACAGUGGCAUGGGCCAUGGCAUCUCUGGCUGAAAUCAGGUGCCUGUGGACGGUCUGCCAUGCCUGUGAUGAGUGUGCUGUCACCUGCAGUUCAGCCAGGUGUCAGCUGCUUCUCAACAGAGCUGAUAAUCCUUGUACAGAUACAAGUCUAAGUGUGGUACCAAUAUCUGUCUGCAGUCCACUUGUAAUAUUUCCUCCUGAAUGUCUCCUCAGGGCUGUCUGCAGUGAAGCUAUUGGUGCUUUUCACUAUAUUCCCUUACCAGCUGGUGCCCUUGUGCUGGAUCCUAUGUGUGGGCUAGGAACCAUCCUGCUGGAGGCUGCCAAGGAGUGGCCUGAAGCCUGUUACUGGGGUGCUGAUAUAAGUGACUCGCAGUUAGAGGGUGCAGAUGGCAAUAUCAGAACUGCAGGCUUAGUGGAUAAGAUUGAGCUGCUGAAAGCUUCUGUGAAAGCACUGCCAUUGCCUUCAGAAAGCUUUGACAGCAUUAUUUCAGAUAUUCCAUUUGGGAAGAAGUUCAAGACCACGAGUGAUGCCCAGCUCCUACCAGCUCUUCUCCAGGAAACUGAGAGAGUGCUUCGUGUUGGAGGGACCCUGGUGUUGCUGCUGAGCCAGGAGCUCCACAGACGCGUGGAUGGUUUGACCAGGUGUGCUGGAGGUGGCUGUGCUGAGGCCUCUGCUGACGGUGACAGCAAAGGAGCCCCUGCACAAGCCAUGGAUGGAUUGACCAGGUGUCCUGGAGGUGACCCUGCUGAGGCCUGUGCUGAUGGUGACAGUGGAGCAGCCCCGAAUGUGGAUGGGAAUUCCUCCUCCUUGGCCCACGGGGGUGGAGAACCUGUUCUCAGCAGACAUUUCGGGUCUCUGCUGCCAGAGGGUGUCUAUGCCGUUAGCCUGGGCAAGACUGAUGCUUUCAUACACAAAUACAGGAAGGUGUCUGCUGCUGGGAGCAGCAGAACUGCGGCUAGGAACUGUCCCAGUACUGGGACACUCCCUGGAACUGGGAGCUGUCUGGCCCUGGCCUGAAGGGAACUUCAGUGCUUAAGGAGCAGCAGAGCAGGCCUCAGUGGGGCUCUGCUGAUGCAGACACACCCACUGCCAUCCUUAGAUUGCCUCACGUUCUUGGGAUGUCCUAAGGCACUGUGCUGUUGUGUCUCUUUUUUAGGAGAGGUGGAAGAUGCCAGUUCUACUGUAUUGGAUACAGUGAAAGAGGAUAUAGUGUAUUGUAAUGUGGCAGAGUCCUCAAAUCCUUGUUUAGGCAAAGCUGCUCAGUAUUUGGAGGCGUUUCGGUAGGAGAGAAAGUCAUGAUUUGCAGAACUGCAAACCCAGAUGUGAUAGCCCAUGAUUUUUGGGCUGUGCACUCCAGCUAUUCAUUUUAAAGUAAUAUUUAAGCUAUAGCUUUGCCUAUUCUAACUACUCUUAGUGUUCAGGUUGUUCUUAGGUGGAGGAUAGGUGAGCCUCCAGAGAUGCUGAGCAGGAAGGGAGGCCAGAAGGAGAAGAAGCAGCAGUGGCAGCUGGAGUUGCAGCCAGUCCCAGGCCGUGGGCCCCAAUUCUGGUUUGUGUGUCUUGGGUCCGUCCUCCCUGCCCUGCCUCUCACCCUCUCUCCUGGACUUUUGUGACACCUUUUAUUCUUUCCUGUACCUUUUCUAUUGGUUCUUCUCUCUCAUCAAAAUAGGGCUUUUAGAACUGUACCAGCACUAAAGAAAGGGCCCAAGGCAAUACUGAAAUCACUCUCUCCUUUGGGUUUUAGCAGUCUUUGUACAAAGGCUGAGAGAGCAAAACCCAAAAAUCACUGCAUAUUUUAUGUGAGAACUAAACAUAAAGAUUUCUCACUGCUGUCGUAAGCCAUGUCAAUCUGCAGGAACACUGGAGGCCUUUUGGGAAGGGACAAUUAGAAUAAAAUAAAUUUCUGUAUGUUUCUGUGUCAAGCUUUUGACUGAAGAUCACCUUAAAAGAGCAGAGUUUGGUUUAAUAAUGUUAUUCUGUUGACUUCAACACUGUUUCUCUCCAGUUUUUUUACUGAGAAAAGUAUAAAGUGGGACUAUAUUUGCAUUUUAAAACACACUUUUCUGUCUUUAAAUUGUUAAUGUGUAUUUUUGCAGUUGUUAAUGUGUAUUUUUGUGGCCAUGCAGUAUAUGAUAAAGACUUUCUUUUGAAACUCAGCAGCAUUUUCGACUAAAGCAAACUUUGUUAUGUAAGGGUAGGGUUUGGGGGGAGGUUUGUUUUUGUUUGUUCUAGUUUCUAGUUUUGUUUUUGUUUCACUUGGCUUGCCUUUUUUUAACACUGAGCGUAUGGAAGAAAUCAAAGAAUAAUGUGUAAUUGUAGUUUGAAAUUGUUACUUUUUUUACAAACAAUUACUUUGAACUCUGGUUAACUGUAUUUAUCUAGUGUGGUUCAGUAUUCUUCAACCAUUGUGCUUCCAAAAAACAUUUAGAAAUGUCUUGGUGAGAAUUUUUGCUUUGGUAUUUUAGAAGAAAGCAGCUUAGGCCAUGUUGUGCUGCCCACCUGCAGCUGUGAGACCUUUGUUACCUUGCCCAUGAGACGUGGACGGAUGGUUUUGUGUUGUCCUGCCAAGUUCUGUUUGUGUAUUGUAGUGCCUUUACUGAUGUCCUAUGGCUGUUCUUGGUCCCUUCUUGUUUUUUUUUGUAUGAAAGCUGAUUUUUCUAGUCUUGCAACACCAACAAAAAAGGAAUGUAAAUGGCACUUGCAGUGCUAAUGUCACAUCGACUCUCAUUGUGUUUGUAUGUACUGCAUUUUUUGAGGCAAUGAAGUGAUGUCUUCAGUCUGUUGCUUUUUGAAGUUGUUGGAUGUUUUGGGGUUUACACUUACGAAACCUGAACAUAGUGAUGUGUGCCCUGUAGUCAUAUCAACACUGAAAAUUUUCCAAGUGUUCCCUCUAAGUUUCUUUGGUGCUGAACUACAGACACAUUUAAAAACUACCAAAAAAACCCCGUUCUGUGGAAAAACACGUCCUAAAGAAGCAUGUAUGUGUGAAAUUCUGAGACUUGCUGUAAGUAUAGAUGAAUUCUUCUGUAAUCACCUGGAUCACACGUUAUCAUAUAUCGAAGUCAUACAAAAAUAAUAGAGCUGUUCUCCACAAAACGCUUUUUCUGAGGAAUGACAAGCAAAGUUUUCUAUAUUUUAUCAAAGCGAGUCAACUACAAAUACAAAGAAAUUCGUACUUUUACAUCAGUAUUCAAAAUACUAAAAUAUAUGCAGCUCUUUGGAAGAAAUUAAAAGUGAACCCGGACCUUUGCAAAUAUUUGUUCUUGUAUGAUAUACACUCUCUAGAAACUGGAUACAUUACAAUUAUAUUUUAGCAACAGUACAGUUAUGGUAAUGCGCUGUAUUCACUGAAUAUAUAAAAGCAGACUAAAUAGAUCCUCAAUACAUUUUGGUAUUGGAUAAAGUUCUGUGUUAUAUAUGCAAGAAUAUAAUUUUAAAUGUUAAUAGAUUCUCAAUACAUUUUGGUAUUGGAUAAAGUUCUGUGUUAUAUAUGCAAUAAUAUAAUUUUAAAUGUUAAUGCCAUUAUAUUGUCACAAUUCUUUUAGCUUGAGGAGAGUAAUAGAUUAAAACUGAUUUAUCAGGGAUUUUACAGUCAGGAACUGUAAUUUAACCUGAAGUGAGGUAAUUAGAUCCCAAGCUGCAUGUUACCAGAUUAUAAUUAGUCUUCUUUUAAUAACAGAUUAUGGCACACACUUGGUUUGUUACAUAUUGCCACUCAAAAUAUCCUAUUAUUAAAUAUAGCUAGUCAUGUUAUCACUGGCACACUGUGCUUUUGUAACUGUCAACAUCAGCGUGUCUGAAAUACAGAAUUUCUGCUCAUACUCAUUUAUGUAUUAAAACCUGUAACGUUUCUCAUUUUUAUAUACAGAAAAAAACACUAAUUUGUAUAUAGAUGGAUUUUAAAAUCUGUUCUAUACAAGAUUUUAGAAUAUAAGAAAUUAUAUGGAGACCCCUUCUGGAGGGGGGCUGUAUGUAUGUAAAUGGCAGUAUUAAAGCAACACCCUGCUGUUU